CACUAUAUUUGCAUGUUAUGUUGCAAUUAUUGUUUUAUACAGGUCGAACUUUAUGUUCCAAGAAAGUGUUCUGCUACCAACAGAAUUAUCAAGGCCGAUGAUCACGCUUCUGUCCAAAUCAACAUUGCCAAGGUUGAUGCCGACGGUCGUGCCAUCCCAGGUGAAUACAUCACUUACGCCUUAUCUGGUUCCGUUAGAGCUAGAGGUGAAUCUGAUGAUUCUUUAAACAGAUUAGCUCAAAACGAUGGUUUAUUAAAGAAUGUCUGGUCUUACUCUCGUUAA